ACCAACUGGGUGUCGUUGAUUCCAACACUCAACGGGACCAACUACAAGUUGUGGCAUCAGCAGUAUGAGUUAGCCCUUGUCAUGACAGACAAUGCCUUAGCCUUCAACGAACCGUGACCUGUUGAACCAGCAGAACCGGUGCGUGAAGAGAAUGAGACUGAGGCAGCGUUUGCGACACGCAAGCGUGACCAUGCCACAGUGAGAAUGAGUUAUGACCUUACAAAGAAGCAAUGGGACAAUUCAAAUAAGAAAUGUCUGACACUGGCUAAGGCUACUAUUUCAGAGCCUAUUAGGGGAUCACUUCCUGAGUGUGCCACCAUCACUGAGUACUUAGAGAAGGUCAAGAACCAGUUUCAUGGGACCACUAAGACCCAAGCUAGCAUGCUUAUUAGAGAACUCAUUACUAAGAAGUACACAGGUGGUGGUGUCAGAGAGCACAUACUGAGAUUGAACUCCUUAGCAUCUAAGCUCGCCUCGAUGAAGAUGGAACUUCCAGAACCAUUUAUCAUUCAUGUGAUUUUUUCCUCUCUGCCUAAGGAGUUUGAGGCUUUUGUUGUGAGCUACAACAUGGCACCUGAGGAAUGGAACUUAGAUAAGCUCAUUGGUCAGUGUGUGCAGGAGGAGGAGAGACUUAAGGACUCAUGGGGAGACUCUGCUCUUUUUGUGAGAGAUAAUAAGAAAAAGUUCUACAAUAAGAAUGCCAAACCACAAGGGAAACCAAAGUGGGAUGGCAGCUCCUCCUCUAGUGCUCAGACUAAGGCCCCUCAUGGAAAGGCACCUCAGCAACCUCAGCAGGACAACAGGGCCCAGGGUGACAACAAGCCACAAUACACCAACAAAAAGAAGCCCUGGCUUGACCCUGAUCAGUGCUUGUUCUGUGAGAACAGAGGCCACAUGCAAAAGGAUUGCAUUGGUUUCCUGAAAUUCUGUAAUAGAAAAGGGAUUCCAUACGAGGAGAACCCUGCAAAAAGGAGAAAGAACAAUUAAGGUGGCAAAUGGAGUACAUGCCGACGUCGAAGCCAUUGGCGACUUGUCUUUAGCAUUAUUAGAUGGUUUUGUACUUAGGCUAUCAGAUGUACUUUUUGUUCCCUCUUUGCAUCGCAACUUAAUAAGUGUUUCUAAAUUAGAUGAUGAUGGAUUGGCAUGCCAUUUUGGAGAUGGCAAA